ACUUAUUUUGCUAUACUAUUACUAUGCUAUAUUAUCAGCCAUGCAACUCUGGACUGUAUCGCUUGCGCUCUCUCUGAACUUUGUCCAUCUAAAUUUGAUCAAGACUACAAGAGGUCAGUACGGGUGGCUGGCGUCCCUCCCAUAUGCGGCGGUCCACAGCGAAUCCACACGUACUGCCGAGACUGUUUGGUAGAGUUUACAAACAGAAGUCUAGUCGUGCAGCUCUGUUUGGUACAACCACAGAAGGCAUCCGUCCUGCGGCCUUUAGUAUGUACACUAGGAGAGCUGCAUAGCUGCAGAAGAAGUUGCUUUGGCAGUUGUCCUGAGAGAACUACUUCCAACAAUGUCGCUGCCUGGAACUAGACAUUUUCUAUUAUUUCUCCUCUCGAUUGUAGUACUUUCAAUCAUAUAUUUCCAAUUUCGAGUUCAACAUAUAUGGAAAUCAGGCGCGUCUGCACAAUCAAUUAUCUUCUUCCCCCAAGGACGAUCAGCCAAUGAAAGCAGCCCACAGGACAAACCAUCCAAUCAACUGCCGCCUAAGAAAAAGACUGCCAAUCAAAAGAAGGGACCGAAACGCACGACGGUCUUCAUCGUUACGCAGAUGAGAAGCGGCUCGUCAUUGGUUGGAGAGAUAUUCAACGAGCAUCCGAGAUGUUUUUAUUACUUCGAACCGCUUCACUCUGUGAGGUAUUACAAAGACCAUGCCCACGACAGUCCAGCUAUGCAGCUCAGAAUGCUUGACGGUAUAUCGCGAUGCGAGUUUGGAGGGCUGGAUAAGUUUCUCACCUUUUACUUGGACACUAGAGCGUCGCACUUCGGAGGGAUGAGGAAAAGUAAAAUGCUGCAGAAACUGUGCCGGAAAUACAACUCACCCAAGGGGAGAGUGUGCCCAAUACCUCGUGACGUCAUUUCCGACCGUGUAGGGGAGGUCUGCAGAUCAGCAAACUUCACUGUCGUGAAAACCAUUCGUGUCGACGACAUCCGGGUAUUCCGCGCCAUAGCGGAGAGCAGGGAUCGUACCGGAAAUGACGUCAAAAUCAUCCAUUUGGUGAGAGAUCCCAGGGGAGUCACCUCGUCACGUCUGUCUCUAGACUUCAAGGACGAGUCGUCAUUUUCGGACAGUAAAGUCAACGAUAGUAAAGUGGAAAACUUGUGUAAGUGGAUGGUAAGGAACGUCCAGUUCAAAGACCAGGCAAAAGAAUGGUUACAGGAUAGAUACAAAUUAGUUAGAUUUGAAGAUAUCGCCACGUCACCACUUCGUGUGGUUAAAGAAAUGUACGCAUUUGUCGGUAUCCCGCCCCACAAAACGGUGUUCCGCUGGGUAAAGAACAACACUAAUGUAACAAGGCGGAUCAAAGAUCCUUAUUCACAGCGGGGGAACUUAAAAGAGACCACGAACUCUUGGAGGGACAGGCUUACAUUUUCCGCCGUGGAAAAAAUUCAAGGGGCCUGUGGAGAGGCUAUGAGACUCCUAGGCUACAAAAGCGUGAAGGAUUUAGUACAAUUACGUAAUAGCUCCAUAUCCCUUAUAGGAAAACUUGAUGCGGCUGUUAUCCAUGUCUGAAUGUCUGUACAUGCAGAGUAGAUAUCCGGUAAUGAGAUACGCGGUACAAAAGUUACCGAAGUGACCGGAUAAGUUUUCUAAACUGUCAGAUGUUUCGCUUUUCCCACUGUUGUUCUCCAGUGAAGCCAUUUCGGAUGCUGCCUGAGACGUCUAACUGUUAAUAAAACUUAUGCAGUUGCUUGAAUAACUUUUGUAUUGACGAUGUGUUAAUGUUUUCUUUUUUAUCAUGUAUGACAGAUACGUUUUUCAGCCAACACAAUAUUUAAUUCAAUUCACGAUCUUUCUAUGACUGAUUUUUAUCAUUACAAUCAGGUAUUAUCUGACGGACGGACGAUAGCAUAGCAGGCAUGUAAAGCGCAUAUCUAGUUGAAGCUGUGGCACGUUGGAAGAGCGAUUUGACAGACUGCUCAACGGAUUUCAUCGAUAAAAAAAAAUCUUUUUA